CAUUGUGUGAUUUUUGGAGUAUUGUCAACUUUAAUCUCAAUCACACCACUUCCGAGUCAGUUUCGAGAUGAGCACAACCGCCAAAGUGGACGACGCAGCCCUUGUUCGGCUGCUGGAUGCUGCGAUGAGCGAGCUGUCGUGGUGCAGAGCGAGCACGCGUCGCCUGUUUGAGGACAUGUCGACUGGCGAGCGAUCAGACGAGGUCCUGAAGCUCUUCCGCGACGGACGCAUGGCCAUUGAGCGGUCAUCGGCGGGCUUUGCUCAGGCGAUCGCAGCACUGCGCGCGGCGGGAGUCACGUCGCUGCCCGCACAGAGGCUGAUCAAGCAGCAGACGACGCGCGCAGAGACGCUCCUCUGGUCGGACGCCGCAGCGCAAGACCACCACGACGCGCCAGGCCAGGUCCAAGCGACACAGCUGAUCACCAAGCAGAUGCACCAGCACGGUAAAGUCAUGCACGACGCACUGCAGCGACACUUGAGUCCUGCGUUUCCUCAGGUGGAUGCGGCGGCCCCAUCCGCUCCAGCAGGAGCAGGAGCAGCAGGAGCAGCAGCAUCAAGCUCGCAGCAGAUGCUGCUGGUCGACCUGCUCAAAAAUGCUCAGAUUGCCUUUCCAAAACUCACGAUCGCACCGAUUGUCGUCAAGCGUCGGCCUGCUCAGUUCACUCCGCACCCGGCGCCGCUGGAAGGUGACGAUGCCAUGAGUCAGUCAGACCAGGCGUCGGAGGUCGUGUUUGAACACGGGCCGCUGAUGCUUUCGGGCUUUCAAUUUACCGUCCGCGACGUUUUGAAAGGCCGUGUUUUCUUGCAGCCCUUGCCAUUGACACUGUCAACGCGUGCUAGCGAAGUAGUGGCACUGUCGGUAGUAGUGUUUGGCCUCGACGAAUCAAUGGACGUGAGCUGCAGGCCACAGACCGCUCCAAGAGGCGGUCCUGCGAGCUCAUCCAUGCUCGACGACUCGGCCGUCCUUCAUGGUCGUGGUUCUGCGUACCACAUGUAUCAGCAGCUCAGCGACUUUGCGACGUCCGUGCUGCCAUUGUUCUUCGAACAAGCUUCUGCCAGAUCAAGCGCCACCAUGCCUCCGCUCUGGCGCCUCUUCCGAUGGUUGCACGGAUACUACCAUCUGACCUCUGCUCGCUGCGGAGCAUGCCUUACACAUUUGCGGCUCGACGCCGGCGCAGGAACAUUGCUGCCGCCGAUCUGUCUGAUGCCACCCGCCAGCUCCAGCGCCACUCCACACUGCUUCCAUCCCCAGUGCGUGAGUUCAACAUUUACACAGUCAUUCUUGCAUUGAACGAGAUUGUCCUGAAUUGUCUUAAAUUAACAACAUCCAAACGAAA